CGGGGAACGAAGUACAUGUGCAAAGAAGGAGGCUGCGGAUCUUGUGUUGUGGCGGUCACCGCUGACCGAAACGGCAAAAAGAUGAAAUUCUCCGUUAACUCGUGCUUAGUACUGGUUAGGUCAUGCCAAGACUGGGAGGUGACGACAAUCGAAGGCAUCGGAGGUAGGGGGAAGGGGUAUCACCCCGUCCAGAGAACCCUGGCCGAGUAUAACGGGACUCAGUGCGGAUAUUGUAGUCCUGGAUUCGUGAUGAGCAUGUACAGUUUGUUGGAAUCAAAUCAUUAUGAUCUUACUCAACACGAGAUAGAAAAUUCGUUUGGGAGUAACACUUGUAGAUGCACAGGCUCGCGACCGAUCUUGGAUGCCUUUAAAAGCUUCGCCAAAGAUGCCCCGAAACCACAUCCAUUACUAGAUAUAGAAGAUGUAUCUUCAUGCAAAAAGAAUUGUAAAAAAAACUGUCAAGACAAAUGUGAUGUGAUUGAUGGAAGCUGGUGCGUUAUAGAUAAAAAUGAUGAUCAAAUGAAGAAAAUACAUACCAAAGAUGGCCAUACGUGGUACAGAGUUAAUGAAAUUAGUGAAAUAUUUCAAGUUCUGGAUGAAGAAGGCUACGAGUCUUAUAUGCUAGUAAAUGGCAAUACUGGAAGAGGAGCAGCACCAAUCCUGGUUUACCCGCAGGUGCUAAUAGACAUAAGUCCAAUAAAAUCACUAAGGGAAUAUUACACGGAUCAGAAUUUAGUUGUCGGAGCCGGCAUGACACUGACCGACCUAAUGGAGUUGUUCAAGAACAUUUCACGCGAAAACGAAGAGUUCUCGUAUCUGAUCAAGCUUUAUGAGCAUCUGGAUCUUGUUGCUCAUAUUCCAGUUAGAAAUGUUGGAACUAUCGCUGGGAAUUUAAUGGUGAAACACAGGCAGCUAACGUUUUCUUCAGAUAUAUUCUUGUUGCUUGAAACCAUCGGAGCCACCAUGGUGAUAGUUCACAAAACGGAAUCCACUGAAGUAACUCCAGACGAUUUCUUGUCAAUGGACAUGACCGGAAGAGUUAUUUAUCAAAUUAGAAUUCCGCCGUUUUCGCAUCGAUACAAGUUUGUUUCGUUCAAGAUUAUGCCAAGAGCCCAGAAUGCUCAUGCGCAAGUGAACACCGGUUUUCUUUAUGAAUUUAAUGCAAAAAAUAAAGGUGUAAUCGAUUCGGCUCGAAUAGUGAUUGGCGGUUUGUCAGCACAUUUCGUUCACGCUAAGCAAACUGAGAAGUACCUUAGAGGGAAAGACGUGUUUACCAAUGAAGUUCUGCAGCACGCUCUGAUGGUAUUGAAAGGGGAAUUAAUUGUGGAUGAAAUUCCGGGAGAAAUGAGUCCCGAAUUCAGAAAGAAGUUGGCCUUGGGUUUAUUUUACAAAGGACUGUUAAAUCUUAUUCCGAAAAAAAAGAUAAAUCCCCGUUACCGCACAGGAGCCAGAGACUUUCGGAAAACUCGUCCACUAUCGAAAGGCUCAGAAGUUUACGAUACGAAUCCCAUAAUCUGGCCACUGACUGAACCAAUGCCGAAGGUUGAUGCCCUCGUACAAUGUGCGGGAGAAGCUCAAUACGUGAAUGACUUACCGAAGCAGCCGGCAGAAGUAUACUGUGCGUUUGUGACCUCUGAUGUCGGAACCGGGGAGAUAGUCGAAAUCGAUCCUACACCAGCUCUUAAAAUUCCAGGCGUGCUAGCAUUCUUUUCAGCGAAAGACAUACCGGGCAAGAAUAAUUUCUUAUCCCAACGAGUACCGACUCAACUGUUCCCCGAAGAGAUAUUCGCAGAAAAAACGAUAAAAUAUUACGAUCAAGCCAUAGGUCUGAUCGUGGCUGAAACUGAACAGCUGGCAAACAGAGCAGCCCUACUCGUACAUGUCAAAUACAAAGUCGACAGGAAGCCCAUACUAACUAUUCGCGAUGCUAGAGCAAAAGACCCAAGUCGAGUCAAACUUUUCAUAAUAAUCCCUCCUAGAGACAGGGGAACGAAUGUGCAGAGGGUCCUCAAAGGCUCAGACACAAUUUUAGGUCAAUACCACUUUCACAUGGAGAACUUAUCGUGCGUUACGAGACCAAGCGAAGACGGAUUGGAUGUAUUUGUGGCAACGCAAUGGACAGAUUCAGUUCACAUCGGUAUUUCGGAGAGCUUAAACAUAGAGCAAAACAGGAUUAAUCUGACAGUACCUAGAUGUGGAGGCGGGUACGGGGCUAAGAUAUCGCGCGCGUCUCACGUGGCCUGCGCAUGCGCGUUGGUCACUCACCUCAUGGAUAGGCCGUGCCGCUUCGUAAUGAGCAUUCAGGCUAACCUUCGAGUGAUCGGGAAACGACUGCCCAGUCAGAGAGAUUUCGAGGUUGGGCUUAGUGAUUCCGGUGAAAUCCAGUAUAUGGAGUACCAGAUAUACGAAGAUAACGGCUACACCGUGUCGGACGCCGUAAUGCCUUUCCUUAUCGGGGGGGUCAAGAACUGUUACGAUAACAGAAGAUGGCAGUCCAAGUUGUUCAAUGUCGUUACUGAUACCGCGUCGAAUAUUUAUGCGAGAGCACCAGGUUCCCUGGAAGCCAUAUCCAUGGCUGAAUAUUUAAUGGAGCGGAUAUCGUACGAACUGGAACGUGAUCCAAUCGAAGUUCGUCUCAAUAAUCUUGAUCCUCAGUACACAGAAGUAGCUGAAGUCGUUCAAACACUCCUGCGAGAUAGCGAAUACUACAAACGCAAAGAAGAAGUCGAGAAAUUUAACAAGGAGAAUAGAUGGAAGAAACGAGGUCUGAGAUUAGCUAUGAUGAACUGGCCGGCUUCUUCGGUCGUAGACUAUCACGUUUUGUUGUCUGUGUACCACGGAGACGGCACGGUCGUGGUUACACAUGGCGGUAUUGAAAUAGGACAAGGGAUCAAUACAAAAGUCAUCCAGGCAGUAGCUUACACACUGAAAAUUUCCACUAAUAAGGUAAUAUGUAAACCUCCGACUGUCGCUACGAACCCUAACAACUUCACGACUGGAGGCAGCAGAACCACGCAAUCUGUCUGCUUCGGUGCUAUUAAAUGCUGCCAAAUUCUCCUCGACCGUUUAUCAGUUGUUCGGGAGACCCUAAAUGACCCGACCUGGGAAAUACUUAUCGAAGCCGCGUUCAAUAGAGGCAUCAAUCUGCAGACCAGUUACCGCGUGACGCCAAACGAUCAAGAUCCGUACAGAUGCGCUGGAGCAGCCGUCGCUGAGGUAGAGCUGGACGUCAUAACGGGAGAACAUGAAAUACUGAGAGUUGAUAUCAUUGAAGAUGUAGGGACCAGUAUCAAUCCGGAAUUAGAUGUCGGACAGGUGGAAGGAGCAUUCAUGAUGGGCGUCGGUUAUUGGACCCAUGAAGAGUUGAUAUAUGAUCAGAAAACUGGAGAGUUGCUCACCGACCGAACUUGGUACUACAAGGUGCCUCUGACUAAGGAUAUCCCGAUAGACUUUAGAAUUCAAUUCAGGAGGAACUCUUACAACCCAAUCGGCACCCUUGGGGCAAGAGCUGUUGCUGAGCCUCCGACGUGCUUGUCCAUUUGCGUCGCACUAGCCCUGCGGGAAGCUAUAGUGUCUUCAAGAGAAGAGACUGGAUACCCAAGAAACAAAUGGUUCAAUGUUGAUGGUCCAUACACGUUAGCAGUGAACGUUCUCAAAUCUGAUGUAAAACUAGAAGAAUUUUUGUUUAAUUAAUAAUCAAUUUUCUUACGUGCGCACACCAAU